ACCAGGUUCUCAGAGCCCCUUUGCACCGCGGGGGCUCAGGCCCCGUCCCCCGCGUGUCCCCCCCUCCCGCAGGAAGGCACUGCUGUUCUGCGCAACGAGGACCCCGUGGAAGUUUCUCAUCGACCCCCGCGAUGCCGCAUCAACGGGAGAGGUUUUGCCAACGCUCCUGAGGUCUCAGGCGCCCCCACCCCCGCGCCGUGCUGGGGGGCUGCCCCCCGCCUGUCCCCGCCGCGCUGGCCGGCCGCCCCGGGCCCGCUCCCCCCGCGGCACACGCCCGGCGGCCGCCCCGCGGAGCCCGAGCGCUGCGGCAGCGGCAGCGCGGGGAGGCUGCGGCGGGCAGCGCCUCAGACCCAGAAAUAGCCUGAGCCGCGCAGACCCGCGCCCCGCCGCGCCGCCGGCAGCUCCCGCCCGCUCCCCGCACCGGCAGCUGGGGCCGCCGCCUCGCCGCCCCCCCACGGUAGGCAGCGCGGCGGGGGGCUGCCCGCCCCCGUCUCGCCACCCCUCCUCCCACCGCGGGGCCCGGAGCUCCUGCCGCUUUUCGGCCUGGCGGCCGGCAGCGCAGGCCCCGGCGGCCGAGCAUCGAAACUCAAGCAAAUGCUUUGGCUCCUCGUUCCUGCCUGCUGACCACACCAGGGUGGCCAUGACUGACCCCAGCUUCCAGAACUGAGGGGCAGAGGUAGUGAGAGACCUGUCUCAGAGUGAGGCCCCACGACGGCACCGAUGGAGAGUGUGUACUCGGUGGAGCCGGUGCCUGACAGUGCCAGCCCCACCUCGCUGGAUGUGCUCAGCUUCUUGGAUGCCCUGGUGAACAGCACGGAGGAGCAAUGCUUCAGCGCCCGCUCCCGCAGCACUGUCCUGGAAGGGCUGCCAUUUGGCGGUGUGCCCACCGUGCUCGCCAUCAACUUCAUCCUCUGGCUGCUUCUCCUCCUGGUCUUUUCCUGCCUUCGGAAAGCGGCUUGGGACUAUGGGCGCCUGGCACUGCUGAUGGACAAUGAUAGUCUGACAUCGCUUUUCUACGGAGAGCAGAGCGAGAAGGAGAAGUCCCCAUCGGAGAGCAGCCCCCUGGACGCCGACAACAAGGAUGUGGGAUUCUGCUCCUGGCUCAUUUCUAUCUACCAGAUGAAGGACGAGGAGAUUCAGAGCAAGUGUGGGAUCGACGCCACCACCUACCUCUCCUUCCAGCGGCACCUCCUGGUCCUGCUGAUGCUGGUCUGUGUGCUCUCCGUGGCUGUCAUCCUGCCUGUCAACUUCUCGGGGGACCUCCUGGGACACAAUCCCACCCACUUUGGUCGGACGACCAUCGCCAACAUCCCAACCCAGGACCGUCUCCUGUGGCUGCACAGCAUCUUCGCCCUCAUCUAUUUCAUCCUCACCGUCCUCUGCAUGGCUCAUCACUCUGUCCACCUUGAAUACAGAGAGAAUGAGAAGGUUGCCCGGACACUGAUGGUUACCCACAUCCCCAAGGAGAUCACAGACCCUUCCCUUAUCAUCAAGCAUUUCCACGAGGCUUAUCCCAGCUGCACCGUCACCAAUGUCCAGUUCUGCUUUGAUGUGCGCAAGCUGAUGAAGCUGGAUGCAGAGAGGCGCAAGGCAAUGAAGGGGCGGCUUUACUUCACCACCAAGGCGCAGAAAGAAGGGAAGAUCAUGAUCAAAACCCACCCUUGCGCCCGCAUCUUCUGCUGCCGCUUCUGUGGCUUUGAGCAGGUGGACGCCGAGCAGUACUACGGGGAGCUGGAGGAGAAGCUCACGGAUGAGUUCAAUGCUGAGCGCAACCGCAUCACACUCAAGCGGCUUGACAUGGCCUUCGUCACCUUCCAGGAUGAGCGAAUGACAGCUGUGAUUUUGAAGGACUACAGCCACAUCCAGUGCCGCAAGCACCCUCAGCAGUCCUCUGUCACCACCGUGGUCAAGUCACACCACUGGGGUGUUCACUAUGCCCCUGCACCCAGCGAUAUCAUCUGGGAGAAUUUAUCAGUCCGUGGCACAUCCUGGUGGGUACGGUUCAUCCUCCUUAAUAUCUGCCUCUUCGUCCUUCUCUUCUUCCUCACCACACCAGCCAUCAUCGUCAACACUAUGGACAUGUUCAAUGUCACGCACCCUGUGGAGAGCCUCAAGAACCCCAUCAUCACUCAGUUCUUCCCCACACUGCUGCUCUGGGCCUUCUCUGUCUUCCUGCCCUUUCUUGUCUACUACUCGGCAUUCUUCGAGUCGCACUGGACAAGGUCCAGUGAAAAUCAGCUCACCAUGCACAAGUGCUUUUUCUUCCUGGUGUUCAUGGUCAUCAUCCUGCCCUCGCUGGGGCUGAGCAGCCUGGACCUUUUUUUCCGCUGGCUCUUCGACACCCACUUUCUGGAUGAGGCUGAUAUCAAGUUCCAGUGUGUUUUCCUCCCGGACAAUGGCGCUUUCUUUGUCAACUACGUCGUCACCUCCAGCUUGAUUGGGACGGCCAUGGAGCUGCUCCGCAUCCCAGGCCUCCUUGUCUACACCGCCCGCCUCUGCUUUGCCAAGUCUGAGCCUGAGCGGCUCCAUGUCAAGCGGAGCCAAGCCUACCAGUUCCAGUUUGGACUAGAGUAUGCCUGGACCUGCUGCAUCUUCUCCGUCGUCAUGACCUACAGCAUCACCUGCCCCAUCAUCGUCCCCUUCGGGCUGCUCUACAUGCUGCUCAAGCACAUGGUUGACCGGUACAACAUUUACUAUGUGUACAUCCCCACCAAGCUGAACCAGCGCCUCCACGUUGCUGCCAUCAGCCAGGUGGUGGUGGCCCCCAUCCUCUGCAUCUUCUGGCUGCUCUUCUUCUCCGUCCUGCGUCUCGGUCCCACCCGCCCUGUCACCCUCUUCACCUUUGUGGUCCUCCUCUCCUGCAUCUUCUUCUCCUUCUUUGGCCUCUGCCUGAAGAAGCUGCAGCCACGGAAACCCUCCAGCUACCAGAUGUCUGACCAGUCUGAGGGCGCCUUCAACGAUGUGGAGCGGAGCAGCGUUUCCUCCACCCCCAACUCCAACCUCUUCGUGGCCACUGUCCUGCAGGAGCCCGAGCUGAGCCUGACACCGGCAGCCUCCCCCGCACACCAGUCCUAUGGCACCAUGGGCAACCAUCUGGAACCAGCGGAGGAUGGGGAGGAUGGGGGGCUGCAGAGCUUCGAGACGGAGCUGGAGUCAGUGGAGAGCGAGUACAGGAGUGGCCCCGUGAUGGAGAGCCAAACCCGCUACCAGUGAGCAUCCCCACCAGCGGGGCGAGGACUGGCCAUGCCAGGAGUGGAGGACAUGCCGUGGGGUAGGAAGGAGCCUUCCCAGCACUUGUGGGGGCCACCUUGUUGACAGGGCGAGGGGAUGACAGGACUGAUGUGAGGGGGAGACCCCAUUGCAUGGGAGGUGGCGGGAGGCUCUGCCGGUCCCUUCCGCUGCCCGGACCGGCUCAGCCCCUGCUGUGCCCCCCCCUCCCCACCUGCCUCUUCCAGCCCAUCGCGGGGAAGAAGGGGUGCAGUCGUGUGGGGAGAGGACCUGUCUGAGAGGCCAUGCUUUUGGAAGCAGGAGAGAGGCCCCUCCGUGAGGGGAAGCGGCCCAGACAGCUCAUACAAAUGUGCCCGCCCCCACACUGUCCCGUGGGUCCUCAGUGGCAGGGGACGGCCACCCCCAACCUUUGCUUCCCACAUCACCCACUGCUGGCGGUGGCCAUGCCGCUGCCGCCCCCGUGGCUUUGCCAGUUAAAGCAGGGACUGCUGAGCCACCUGCGCUUUGGCAGAGGAGGCGAGUGCCCGGGGCUGCUCCCACAGCAGCCAUCAAAAUGCAAGCCCAGCUCUUCCCUGCCCUCCCACCCCAUUCCUCCCUCGAGCCCGGCUCUUCCCCUCCCUCCCCCCCCCAUCCCUCUGUCCCUGCUGCACCAUGCCUGCACCCUUGGGUCCUCAGGGAGGAGCAGAAGGUCAAGGGAUGAGUGUGUUUAAUAGCUGUGAGAGCAGCUCCUCGUCAUCUCGCACCCCCUGGCAGCAUCCCCCUUGUGCUCGCACUCUCCCUGGGGCUGGUCAUGGGACCCCGCAUGUCUUCAUCCUGUUGCUACAGAAAUGGGGGAGGCUGGCAGGAUCCCGGCCUCGGGGUCCUGGUCCACCGCAUCCUGCCCUUGCCCACCAGCCGCAGCCAUGGGCUGCUCCCCCAGCAGCCACAUCACCUCUCCAGCGUGAGUCCUGCUGUGGUCAGUGUAAAUGCGCCAGCUCCUGCCUGGGCAGCAUCCCUGGGGUUUUCCAGCUCAUCUGCAGCAUCCAUGGAGGCCCCUGGGGAUGACGGCAGAUCCUCGCCCUGCUCAGCUCCCCUCCCACCAGGCCAGCCCCCCUGGGCACGCUGGCCCCUCACUCAGCCUCACAGCUGAUUUUCCUGCUCCUGAUUUUCCUGCUGGCUGUAGAGCAAUUCUAGUCACCAUCCCGGGGCCGUGCAGGGAGGGCAGGGAUGACGAUGCAGCUCUGCUGGCACCAGGGCUGUGAGCAUGGGGAGUGCCACUGUGCAAAGGCAGGUGCUCGGCCAUGGCACUGCUCAGGUUACUGGUGCCACUGGGGGGGGGGGGGGGGGGAGGGGCAUGGUGUGCCAGUAUUGGGCAGGGGGCUUACAAGGCAGCCCAGCAGCGCGCUGUGCGUCUCUGUUGGACUCAGGUGGAUCCUGGGACAUCCCAUGGGGCUGGUGGGUCUCCGUUCCUGCAUGUUGGGGCACACUAGCCAUGGAGCGGUUGCCUCGGCAGAGCCUUGAGCUCAGCUGCUCCCUCCCAACCCCGAAAAGCACCCUGCGGGGCUCACGGCUCCCUGCCCAGGUGCCCCUGGGGCUGCCUACGGUUCAGCCGCUGCCCUCACUGCCUGCUCCGGGGGCAGCUCUGUCUGGGGUGGGACGGGGGGAUGCUGAUGGCCUCUCUCCAGGUGGGAAGCAAGUGCCUGCGAGCGGCACUGUGUCCUUGGGAGCUCAGGCUGCUGGUCUGAUUGCCCUUGGCUGCCCCGCUGUAGGAAUGUGCCAGAGGUCUGUACCUUCUCGUGAUUUAUUGCUAUGACCGUGCCUUGAAUAAAAUGACUUCACCCA